AUGCGGUGUACGAGGGUGCCGAACCCGAAGUCGAGUAGGUUCCCAGGUGUCGGGUCCGAACGCACUAACCUCCGUAGCAUCGUCGCCGUGCACGGUCUUGGUGCCAACGUCGACUGGUCCUGGACGUGGAAGGACCCGAAAUCCCCGGGCCGCCAUGUGAAAUGGCUCCAAGACCCCAACAUGCUCCCGACUGUAGUUCCCCGCUCGCGCAUUCUCCUCUACAGUUACGACUCGAGGUGGCACGCCGACGCGCCAAAGAUACGCCUGUCGCUGUGUGGAGAGGAGCUCAUUCGCAGCAUCCGCGACUUCCGGGACGGAACCACGGCAAGCCGACCGGUUGUCUUCGUCGGCCACAGCCUGGGCGGCAACGUAAUCCAACAUGCGCUCCUGUACGCCAAUUCGGACGACGCCUUCAGGCACAUCGUUACCUUGACAGUCGGCGUCGUCUUCCUCGGUUCUCCUCUCCGCGGAUCCGAGUUCCAGUCUCUGGCCGAGAUUGUGACUUGGUUUUCGCGCUUUACUGGCUCCCACGACGGCAUCGUCCGCAACCUGGCAUACGACGAUGAAAACCUGAUGGACACGCUGCACCAAUUUUGUCGGAUGCGGAACACUCUGUCUAUCGCGACAUCCUGCUUCUUCGAGAUAUACGAUACCGAUUACUUGAAGAAGAUGCUCCGUAUGGGAGGGCCUGGUCGAGGAAGAGUAGUUGAUGAGGCGUCGGCGUGUAUUCCCGGUCUACAAAGGAUCCCGCUCGCGGCGAAUCAUUCCGAGUUGAACAAGUACUCCGGCCCGGACGACCGCUCUUUUCAGAGUGUUUCCGCGGAGUUGCGCAGGCUCUGUGCAGACGCCCUGGCCGUCGUUCAGCGUCGGACAAAACCGAAACCAAUCGUUACCGAUCGAGACCACGCCUUGAAAGAGAAGCCCGAAGCGAGAGAAUGUCUCCGAGAUCUCUUCCUCACCGAUCCAUACGAGGACAUGAUGGCGUUGAAGCGGAAGAAAGGCGAACGCGCCAAAGGCACCUGUGCCUGGAUCCUCGGAACCGACGAGCUGACCGCCUGGCUUGCCAACACGCCGGAGUCGACAUUAGCUUCGACGGAUGUCCUCUGGCUCCAUGGAAACCCGGGGACGGGCAAGUCGACCAUGUCCAUGUUCCUUGCCGAGGCCCUAUCGGAGACCUUCUCCAGGACUCCGAACAAAACGCUCGCGUACUUCUUUUGCGACUCGGGCUAUGACACGCGCAGAACGGCCACGGCAGUCGUCCGCGGGCUCCUCCUGCAGCUAGUGCAGCAGCACCCGCGGCUGAUUGAAUACAUCCUCCCCAAGUAUGAGGAGCGCGGAGCCCGAGCCUUUGGUUCGUUCGAUGGGGUUUGGGCAAUGUUCAUGAAGGCAUGUGCGGAUACAGCUACCGGCCGCAAGUACUGCGUAGUUGACGCCUUAGACGAGUGCACGCAGGACGAGCAGGUCACACUGCUGAAGCAAAUUAAGGAGACCUUCGAGCGAGAUCGAUCAGGCGGCAAGCUGAAUGUCAGCCUCCUUAUUACCAGCAGGCCAUACUUGGAGAUUAGAGAGCACCUGCAGGCAUUCCUGAACAAAAACCUGGCAUCGUUCGAAGAAUCUGGACGAGAUAUUUCCAGGUUUAUCAACGAGAAGGUAGCUGACCUCAAAGAGAUGAAGCACUACACUGCUACGGUAGCUGCCAAUGUUGCGCGGGUGCUUCAUGAAAAGGCUGGCGGCAUCUUCCUCUGGGUCGGUUUAGCCUGUCAGGAGCUGGAGAAGGUCGCUUCAAGAAAUGCCGUCACACGCCUUGAGAAGAUCCCCGAAGGACUUCAAUGGCUCUACCAAGAACUUCUCGAUACGGCACUCCAACAAGACGAAGACCCGGAAACGAUCAAACGACUGCUCGGCAUCGUUAUGGUAGCACGGCGUCCCAUGAGUACACGGGAGCUGGCCUCUGCCUGCGACCUCUACCAGAACGAAGGCGAAGAGGAGCGCAUCCAGUUCACAGCCGAGGUACUCGCUGCCUGUCGAUUGAUAAUCGUGGUUCGGGACGAGAAGGUCCUGCUACUUCACCAAUCCGUCAGAGAUUUCCUAGUCACCGGCGCAGGACGAAACAUCUCCAUCUCCGAGCUGAAGGCACACAAUGCGCUAGCGAGCCGCUGCGUUGGCUGUCUUAUU